AUGGAGUCGGCUGCAAAGACCUCGAGGACCUUCAGCCUCCUGGAGAGUUUUGUGUCCUUCGAGGAGGUGGCUGUGUAUUUCUCUGAGGAGGAAUGGUCUCAGCUGGAUCCUGACCAGAAAGCGCUGCAUUCAGAAGCCAUGCUUGAAAACCAUAGGAACAUGGUCUGUUUCGCCCAUUUCCUGCACCAGAUGAAGACCGAGUGCCGCUUCUUCAAUGGGACGCAGCGGGUGCGGUUCGUGGACAGGCAGAUGUACAACCGGCAGGAGUUUGUCCGCUUCGACAGCGACCGCGGGGAGUUUGAGGCCGUCACUCCGUUGGGGCAGCCGGAUGCGGACAAGUGGAACAGCGACCAGGUCUUCCUGCAGUACACAAGGAGCCAAGUGGAUGCCUUGUGCCGCUACAACUAUGAGCUUCUCCAAAGGAAUUCUGUGAUUGGCUGGAGAGCCAAGCCCACCAUCACCAUCUCCCCCACCAAGAUGGAACCCGAUUCCCCCAACAUCAUCCUCCUCUGCACCGUGACGGGCUUUUACCCCGUGGAGAUUGAGAUCCAGUGGCUGAAGAACGGACAACCAGAGAAGGAGGGCGUGGCCUAUGGGGAGGAGCUCCAGAACGGAGACUGGACCUACCAGCUCAUGGUGAUGCUGGAGACCCAGCCCCAGCGGGGGGACGUCUACACUUGCAAGGUGGAUCACGCCAGCCUGGAGGCCCCCGUCACUGUCCAAUGGGUGCCCCGUACCUCCAGCUCUGCCAAGAGCAAACUCUGGACGGGGAUAAUGGGAGCUGUGAUAGGAGUGUCCUUCUUUGCGAUGGGGCUCUACUCUUACCUGAAGGCCAAGAAAGGUGAGUCGGGUUUCAACAAGCAGAACAAAGCACAGUAA